UUCCACAAAAAAAAAAAAAAAAAAAACCCGUUUUUUUUUUUUCUGUAGCUCUCUUUCUCUGGUGCGUUUGUUUGUGUGACGGCGAGUCCCGGCGGUGUAACCGGAGAGGGGCCUCACACAGAGGGAAUGCAGGACUGCAAUGGAGCACAAUGCAAUACAGUGGUUGGGUGCUCCUUCCUGCCAGAGAGGCAGCUACGCUUUCUACAAGUCGGUCAGCAGCAAGGCUCGAUCCGACAGCCCCGUCCAGGUGUGGAAGCUCGGAGAGUUUUACUUCAUUCGCUGUGGGCCGCAGGAUCCUAUUUGCAUCGCUGAGGUGACCUUAUUGUGGGAAGACCAGACGCAGCACCACCUCCUGGCUAGCACAAGACUUUACUUUCUACCUGAAGACACACCAAAGGGUAGAAACAGGGAGCAUGGAGAGGAUGAGGUUCUGGCAGUGUCCCGAAAGAUGGUGAUACGUGUGGAGGAUCUGGUGCGGUGGUCAUGUGCAGAGCCAGCAGGUUGGAGCAGCAGGUCAAAAAUAGAUCCCUGUAUCCUUAAUGGGCUCCACAAACCGCCACAGAACAAUGAUGAUGGUGGUGGCAACAACAAAACCUCAACAGACUGCAAGACUGAGAAUGGUGUAAAGGACUCUCAGAGUGUCAAAGUACUGAGCUACCCGCAGUACUGUCGCUUCCGCUCCCUGCAGAGGCGCAUCCACGACGGUGCGAGGGGGCCGUCAUUACAGGAUGCCCACCUGUUGGCCCUGGGUGGUGUCCGAGUAACGCCAAGCAUCCGCUUGAUGUAUUGCAGAGACACUUUUAACCACCCGACGCUGGAAAACAGCGUUAGCUUUUCCUGGCAGUUCAGGUGUCCAUCGCUCAGUCUCAGAGGACGGCCUCGUAAAAGGAGAGGCCGUGACGGCAAAGACGGUUCAACCUGUAGUCAGUCAGAAUCUUGGAUUGAGAGGAUGAAGGAGAACGUAAUGGGCAGUGUGGAGGAGGGCGGCGAGGACAGCUGGCUCCCUCACCCUGACGAGCAGCUGUUCCUGGAUGAGCUCUUCUCCUUCAUGGACCACCUUGGCUCGCCUAUCCACAAAGUGCCCAACCUUGGCUUUAAGAAGAUUGACCUCUUCCUCAUGUACUCAGUGGUCAGACGACUCGGAGGUUAUGAAAAGGUGACAUCAGACCGUUUGUGGAAAAUAGUUUACAACGAGUUGGGAGGAUGUCCCGGCAGCACCAGCGCCGCAACCUGCACCAGGAGACACUACGAGAGGCUGAUGCUCCCUUAUGAAGAGCACUUGCGAGCUGGAGGCCUGGAACUCAAAAUCCCAGUAUCCUCCUUGCCUGUGAAGCCCAAAGGGAUCAGAGGGAGGAAGCCACUUCCACGAGGCAGAAAACCCGGACCUAAAGUGAAAGACAAGAUGACUGUCACUCCCCCUACUGGCACUGUCACCAACUUAGAUGGGACAGUGGUAAUAAAGCGAGGCCGAGGCAGACCGCCAGGCAAACGGAACAAGGCCACGCUGAUUGCUCAGGCGAAAGUGCUGGCUCAGCAGCAAGCAAAGGCAGCAAGUGUCGUGUCUCUGAGACCUCUCCUUCCUGCCCGAAUCAGCACCAACGGGGUGACACCCAGCAGCGUACAUCAAGUGACGCCGCCACUCUCUUCUCCUUCCAUGCAGUCCAUCCAGCCAACCAUCUUCCCUGUCAACAUGCCCCUGACCCCUGACCUCUCCCCAAUGUCCACCCCCUUCGUCCCCUUCCAGCCCAAGCCAAAAGACACAAAGGAUCGAGUGGAGUCAGCAGCUCUGCCUCCGGGCAUCCUCCUCUCAGCCCUGCCUCGCCAUUUUGUGGGUGGGUCUUUGGGUGGCUUCAGCCCCAUCAAAGGUCUAUGUCCCUUGGAUGUGCUCAGGAACUGUGUGGGCUUCCAGAGAAUCCCCCAGAGCCCGGCCCUUACUUCCCAAGAGCCGAUCCAGCAACACGCCACUAUCUACACCCCACAGCUAAAACACGAAAGGUCAGAAAGCCCUCGGCCGAGCGGAGAGCAGGUGCCACCUCCUCCCCACCCGCUUCCACUGCAACACAAUUUGUUGUCAAGUCGCAAUGUGGAUGAAGACGCCCACAGAGGAGGCAUCCGGGAUGCCAGAAACCGUCACCCUCUUCCUCCCCUGCGGGUCCUGCCUUUGGAUAUAGACUGCAGUGUUCAGGUACGACAGCUGAUGAGGACUCGUCUGGGCGCGACUCAGUUCCAGACUUUCACCCGCCGACUUUCUGAGGCGCUGUCCCAAGACCUGAGUGCCAAGCCCCCAUGCUCACCCAUCACCCCUCCCCCAGAACAAGCCCUGCCCCUCAACCUCAGCAAGCGCUUUAUGAAUAAAAGACCCAGCAGCGAGACACCUGAGCAGAGUCUCGCUUCGACUAACGGAACCACAGAUGAGCCGUCGCCUAAGAAAGUAAGACCUGACUCUUUGGAGCAAGCGGAGGAAUUCAGCCUAAGCGGGAGGUCCGCCUCGGGGAGCCCAGGAACGGAAGGCCAAGGGGUGGGACUCAAGAACCAGGAAGAACCAGCUGACCUGAGCUCCCCAUGCAGGAUCAGGGCCUUCCUGCUUGGGCUACCACCGUUCCAGGUCAAACUGGACGAGGAUCUGAACGGGAGGUUUGGAAAGGUCCUUCCUUUGGGAUCUGAGGUUGAAAACCAGAGGAUUGUUACAGAGGGAGCACAGAAUAAGAAAGAAGCGGAAGUGGAGCUAACAGAGAGAAGCAACCAGACGUUGGAGUCGCUGCCCAAACAGGUAGAGUUUGUCUUUAGUGAAAAUGUUGAGAUGGUGAAAGAGGUUGUCAACAAGGAAGGGAACCCCUCAGUUGACCAAAAGGAGGACUUGCGUGGUCAGACGAUAUCUAGUGUGGAAAAGAUCCAGUGUGACGUGGAGGCCUCAAAGGGCCACUCAAGCUCUGGUCUUCCCCAGGCAAACACUCUGGUCCUGGCCCAGCGGAGCUGAAGAGUCUACAUUUAGACUGAUCGACACUUGGCUAUUAAUUAUCCCAGAAAAGUCAGGAGUCCACCAGGGGGCGCUACGGUGUAAGUCAGUGGCUGGACAUCUUUCCUUUAAAACACUUACUGCUUUUUUGUGUGUGUAUGUGUGUGUAUGUGUGUGUUUUGUUGACUCUUUAACUACACACACAGACAAUCACAAAUCUGUUUCACGCCGUUUUGUUUGUUUCCAGUGCAACAAGAGUGAAACUCUUGAACAAACACUGCCAUGACCCCCCGGCCCCACAGGACUCCAUUAUUCAAACAACAUAUUGAAUAAGAUACAAGUUCAAAGAUAAUUCUAUUGCAUAUAUGGGUGAUGCUAUGCAUCCAAACGUCAGAAUAAGCAUCUGUUCUGUAGUUCGGUCGCUUACUUUGAAAUCGUACUCUACUUCUGUAGAGAAAUUGUUUGUGGGGGGUUUUCUUUUAGAUGUCGUUCGGAGCUGCAAGUAAAACAAUAUUAUAGCUCGUCACAUGAAAGCGCUCCUGUAGUUCUGCUUGUUAGCUAGACAUUAUACUCUACUAUUAGCUCGCUGUUCUGACACAUACGUGCCUUAAAAGGCCUUAAAGAGAUACCUUGAUGUUGGACCUGUUUUCACUACUUUUGACUUUCAGUAGAAUAAGAGAAAUUGGAUGGAAAAAAAAUGUAAAGAUACCACCAAAAAUUAACACUAACACAAACGUGUGUGUCAAGGUAUCCCUUUUAAUGGCUACCCCCUUUUUUAAAUCAUCUUUACUUAAUGGGUCAAAUUUGCACACCUGCUGUUCUCCAUAUUUAUAUGCCUGUCAUGUAUUUGUUUUCUACAAUGCAAAGUAGUGCAACUACUACUAUUACUACUACAACUACUAGUACUACUACAUCCUUAGAAUGGUCUGGUGCUCUUUUUCUCUUAUGUAGCGGUUGUUUUGAUUUCUUAAAAAGCUGCAAAUCAUUCCAACAAGUCACGCAACACAUUUAUUUCUUUGUUUACUUGUUAUUGAACAGUUUGCAGCUUUUUUUAUUUUAUUUUAUUUUUUUUUGUGACAUACGCCGCAAAUAUACGCGCCAAAGUUUAUAGAACCUGCCGCACUCAAACCUCUGCGAACACUACAACACAAAAAUGGCAAAAUUUAAAAAUAGUCUGCUCUUGUUUCCUCCUUCACUGGUGGAACGGAAGAUGGUGAAAUACUUCCUGUUUGUAUGAUUAUAUUUAAAAAAAAUAUUUGCAGCAAUGUGUGUGUGUGUAUGUGUAUAUAUAUA